UGUCCUACCUCGAGCUCUCCUAAACUUUUCUCUCUCUCUCUCUCUCUCUCUCUCUCUCAUCCUUUUUCCGAGAAAGGAAGCUUUUAGAUCCGACGAUAAAAGAAAGAAAGAAAGGGCCGGGGAUCGAUCGAUCCAAUUCCAAAGCCAAAGGGCGAGGGUGGGAGUACUCGCGCUCCUCCUUCCUCCUACUCAUGAAUUGUAGUGGUGGUUGUAGCUGUUGCAGUAGCUUUGGGCGUUGGAGUCGAUCGCGAUCGCGAUCGCGGCGGCGAUGGGCGGCGUGACCUCCUCGAUCGCCGCGCGCUUCGCCUUCUUCCCCCCCGCCCCGCCCUCCUACCGCCUCCUCGCCGACGACGCCACCGGAAAACUCCUCAUCCCCGAGCUCUCCGCUCCUUCCUCCGCCGCGGCGGCGGCGGCGGCGGCGCGGCGGGGCCGGCGGCGGAGGGCGGCGGCGGAGGCGGAGGCGGAGGCGGUGGUCGAAGCGGAGGAGGCGGAGGUGCUGAGGCUGCGGACGCGGCGGGGGCACGAGAUCGUCGCGGUGUACGUGCGGAACCCUAGGGCCACGGCGACGCUGCUCUACUCGCACGGGAACGCCGCCGACCUCGGCCAGAUGUUCGGGCUCUUCGUCGAGCUCAGCCACCGCCUCCGCGUCAAUCUCAUGGGGUAUGACUAUGCUGGUUAUGGAAGAUCCACAGGAAAGCCCACUGAGUAUAAUACAUAUGCAGACAUUGAAGCAGCAUAUAAUUGUCUCAAGGAACAGUAUGGAGUAGCUGAUGAGGACAUAAUCUUAUAUGGCCAAUCUGUUGGAAGUGGUCCGACGAUUGAUCUUGCCUCACGAGUGCCGAACUUGAGGGCUGUAGUUUUACAUAGUCCCAUUCUUUCUGGAUUACGAGUACUAUAUCCUGUCAAACGCACAUAUUGGUUUGACAUCUACAAGAAUAUUGACAAAAUUGGCUUGGUAAACUGUCCAGUCCUUGUCAUUCAUGGCACAUCGGAUGAUGUUGUUGACUGCUCACAUGGAAAGCAGCUAUGGGAGCUUAGCAAAGUAAAGUACACGCCCUUGUGGCUUAGUGGUGGCGGCCACUGCAAUCUCGAGUUGUACCCUGACUUCAUACGCCACCUUAAGAAAUUCAUUUCGUCUGUUGCUAAGCAAGCUGCAAAGAAUGGCUCGAAAGAACCAACGGUGAAAGACGGCGCCCAUAACAACAAUAAGGACAUUAUUGAGAUUAUACCCUCUGAGAGACCACGAACACAGGAAGCCGCCCACCGUCCUGAGGCCUCGAGGAACAGUUUAGACAGUCGAGUUGUGAAAUCCAAGGCUGCAGAUCUUCCCGAGAAGUCGAGGAUGAGUUCAGAUGAUGUCGAUAAGUUCAGAAGGAGGCGAUGCUUAGUUUGGUGAUCAGCAAUCAUGGCCUUAACUGAAGCAUUUAUUUGAAUAAGUUACUCACUUUGUUUAGACUUCAAGUGAUGCUAUAAUCGUGUACUCGACGCCUUACAGAUCCUCCUCCAUUGGGAAAAGACAUAAUUUGGUACUGGUAGCAUUGUCGUGGAGAAGCGGCAAAGGUUAGUUCGAAGACCAAAAACUGGUAUAGCUAAUUGUCCGAUGAAAGGAGCCAUCACAGUCUUGACUUUGGUAUGACAUUUUUUUUCUCCAUAACAUUUUCUGUACCAUCACUGGGUCAUCCAUCCUGCUGGUUGUAACUUUUUUUUUUCUCUAUUUAUUGUUUUGCUAAUCACGAUCAAAUGUUGAGCACUUGCUUACAUUCGAAAAAUUUGAGAUAAGCAUAAGUUAGGCGAUGCUUAAUCUGUAUGUGCAUUUCUAGAUAUGUUAACUUCAACUGUAUGAUUGUUCUGGUUCCAAAGAAUAAAGUGGUUCACUUUAACAUUUGUUUCUCUGAA